AUAUAUGUAACACUACACAUGUUUGUACGGACGCGAACACCUUCCGGAAUCAGUUAUUUAGUAAGAUUGUGACAUCUAAUCACUUUGCCCCAGACCGCAGAAUGGCUAAAACUAAAAACUAGCUAGCUAAUGCUAGGUUAACUAUCCUAGCUAGAUAGCUACCGAUGUGGUUUAAAGCUGUGAUUGAGAUUGUCAGUCGCCAGGCAAUCUGUCUUAUCCAUGAGCAUUUUGGACAAAUUAAUAGGCGUUGUAGUAGUUAGAAAUAAUCGCGGUGUUGUUAAAAGUUUGGAAUAAGUCAGAUUGAAUGGUUUUUUUUUUUUAUAGCUAGUUGGCUGCCUAUCGUUGCAAUCCCAAGGAGAGUUCUGUUCCAGCAUGUCAGAAACUGUGAAAUAUGUGGAUGAUGAACACAAAACCAUCUUCUUGAAGAUUUUGAAUGAGCAGCGGCUAGAGGGUGAACACUGCGAUAUAGCAGUAGUUGUUGAAGACGUGAAGUUCAGGGCACAUCGUUGUGUGUUAGCAGCAUGCAGCAAUUAUUUCAAAAAGCUUUUUAAGAAACAUGAGGUGGACAGCUCCUCUGUCAUAGAGAUUGACUUCAUCCGGUCAGAUAUUUUUGAAGAAGUGCUGAACUACAUGUACACAGCAAAAAUUUCUGUAAAGAAAAAGGAUGUGAAUUUAAUGAUGUCAUCAGGACAGAUCCUCGGAAUCCGCUUUUUGGAUAAGCUCUGUUCUCAGAAACGGGACAUGUCCUCUGAAGAGAAAAAUGAUGUUAGAAAUGCCAAAUUUCCCUAUGACAUUGUAAAAAUUGGUCUUCAAACUGAUGACCCUCAGUUAAAUCAAGACACCGAUGUGCAGGUGCUUGGGGACCAAGACGAUACACCCUCUGAUGAUAUUGUAGAGGAAGCUCAAGGCAAUCAUGAGCUCGACAAAUCACCCAACAGUGCCCUGCGAGUAGAGGAAGCAAUUCUAAAGGAGUUGACCCAGGGGGAAGUACACAAGGUUAGCUGCUAUGAUCAAGAGGUGGAAUCAAUGGACACUGAGCCCAAAGAGCUUGCAGCACAUACUCAGACACUUUCAUUUGCUGACAGUAUGGGGGAGGUUAAGGAUGAGCAAGCCCCUGGAUGGACCACAGCAACUGCCGAUAUGAAGUUUGAAUAUCUACUGUACGGCCACCGGGACCAGUUUGCCUGCCAGGUUUGCGGCAAGACCUUCAUUGACGAAAGCCGGCUGAGGAAGCAUGAAAAACUGCAUUCUGCUGAGAGGCCAUUCAUAUGUGAGAUAUGCACCAAAGCGUUUACCACUCAGGCCCAUUUGAAAGAGCAUCUGAAAAUCCACACUGGCUUCAAGCCAUACAGAUGUGAUGACUGUGGUAAGUCUUUCAUCCGUGCCCCAGAUCUGAAAAAACAUGAGAGGGUGCAUAGCAAUGAGCGUCCCUUCGGGUGCCAGAUGUGCGAAAAAGCCUUUAAACAUAAGUCUCACCUGAAGGACCAUGAACGACGGCAUCGAGGCGAAAAGCCAUUUGCGUGUGGUUCCUGCACCAAGGCUUUUGCCAAAGCCUCAGAUCUGAAGAGGCAUGAGAACAACAUGCAUAGUGAGCGCAAGCAGCUGUCUGCUAACACUUUACAAAGUGAGACUGAGCAGCUCCAAGCAGCAGCUAUGGCUGCAGAAGCUGAGCAACAACUGGAAUCCAUAGCAUGCUCAUGACAUACUGUGUGUGUUAUGCUCACACCAGUGCACUGUAAAACAAUCUUUUCUUACUCGUUUUUUUUUUGUAACAGAUGUAGUCUUAUUGUUUUGGUUGAUCUUAUUUUAAGUUCAUUUUUUGAACUAUUUCAAUCUCAGAUCUUGAUAGUGAAUAUAGAUUUUCCUAAUUUUAGACAGAUUGUUGAUUUACACUGUUGAAUGUUUUUAUUUUCUCUCUGAUGUAAAUGAUGCAAGACUUUUCUCACUGUACAGUUCAUACCAAAUGUAUUUGAGCAUUUGUGGCAGUCCAAUGUACUGCCUUGCCCUUGUUGAUACAGUAAAGAUACAGUUGUACAGCACCAGUUUUGCUAAGAAGACUGGAAAGGAAAUAUAAAGAUAAUAAAAUCUGAACAAUUAUGUCUUUGAUGGUCAAUCAUUCCAUCAAAUAUGUUGAAAGAUAAACAGAUUUAGCAUAUGAUAUUUUUGCUGUAAUAAAAAUGCAUUUCCAAUGGUAA